AUGUCGAACUACACGGUCAGCGUCUGUAAUGCACCCUUCGCUGCGACGUUUACCGCGAAAGACGCUCCGAUGCUCUUCGGCAUCGGACUAGGUAGCGCUGCUGCCUUAGCUGUGUUGUUUGUUGAUUCUACCUCCAUAUCCACGAAAAGGACACGAUUUGUCCUCGCUCAGACAAUGGCCGCCGAACGUCAUGCAAACUGGGAUGAAGGUGGUCUCCUUAGGCCAGACGAGGCAACAGUCUAUUCUCCCAGACUUGAACAAUUAUCGUCUGAUGGCUUCGCGAGACAGACAAUAAAUACCCGGAAUCCACAACGAGCCAAUCCCUCACGUUCCUUCCACCACUAUUUCCAGCAGGAACCCGUCAUCCCGCUCCUCCUAUUCGACUUGAUGUUCGUACCUGUCUACACGCUGUCUGGGCUCGCAUGA